AUGGCAAUGGGAAUCAGCAAGAGGCUGAGCAUACGUGAUUAUUUCUCAACACAAAAUGUUUUUAACACCAGUUUUUACUCGCAGACCUUUAGUCGGAACAUAUUUCUUAGCAUUUUCCAAACAAUACUUCAUGUGAGGGAGCCUGAUGCUGAUGGAAAACUGAAAAUUGAGACCCUUGUCAACAAACUUCUUGAAAAGUUUCAACUGGCUUUCACUGCCUACCAAGAUAUUGCCACUGAUGAAAUGAUUGUUGGGUUCAAAGGAAGAUGGCAGUACAUGCAAUACAAUGUCACCAAGCCUUCCAAGUAUCACAUCAAGAGCUUUGGCUUGGUAGACAGUAAAACCAGUUACGUUGUCAAUCUGCUGACAUAUUACAGAAGUACCACAUACCACUCCAUACAGGUCUUCGACACAUUGCUAAGGCCACUAGGAACUGGAUCCCAUAUUUUUGCAGACUGCUACUACACAACAAGAGUGCUCGUUGACCAUCUUCUGAAACAGAAGCAGUAUUACACCGGAACAGUACAGCGUGGUCGCGUUGGGUUUCCACAGUGGAAUGAUAAACUGCAGCAUAUGGCAUCAGAGUAUUUUUCUACUUCCACAAGGUCAAUGCUGGCAGUAAGCUGGAAAGAUAAGAAGGCUAAAAAACUUGUGUUGCUUGUUUCCACCAAUGCAUCAGCUGGAGAAGUAACAAAUGCAAAAGGAAAGCAGAAGCCUAGUGUCAUUGACACAUACAAGAUGAACGGUUGUGAUGUAGCUGACCAACGUCUCGGGUACUAUGGACUGCACACUCGUAAAACCAAGAAGUGGUGGAAAAAGCUCUUUCAGUGGAUCAUGGAAAUUUGUUGUAUCAAUGCAUAUGUUCUGUAA